AUGCUCGCGCUGCUUGUCGCGCCGACCUUCGUGUCGGCUGCGCUAUUCCCGAAGGAUACGGUGGUGAAGCAGAUCGGACCCAAGGAGUUUAGGAAGGUCAUGAAGCAGAACACGACCUCUGCAGUGGCAUUCGUUGCGCCUUGGUGUGGGCAUUGUCAACGAAUGGCGCCGGAGUACAGCAAGGCGGCACUCGGUCUCUAUCCUCUCGUUCCCUUCUACGCCGUCGACUGCGAUGCUCAGGCCAACAAGAAGUUGUGCGCCGAGCAAGGCGUGAAGGGCUUCCCUACCGUCAAGCUCUUCCCUCGAGGUGGAAAGGCGCCUCCCAUGGAGUUUGAUGGCCAGGAACGGACCGCGAGCGCGUUCUUCUAUUGGGUAUCAAGACGGAUACCGCACUCCGUGAAGAAGCUCUACAACGUCGAUGAUAUUCCUGGGUGGAAAAACACUGAUGUAGACAAACCCCGGGCGCUUCUCCUGACCAAAGACAAGAAAAUCCCGCUGCUGUGGCAGGUCUUGAGCGUCAAAUAUGGAAAGGACAUCCUCUUCGCGAGCCAUCGCGAUCGCAAGGGAAAGAGUUCCGUGUCGAUGGGCCUGGAGGCCGGCGAGAGGGAUCAGGCGAAGGUGCUGAUCUACCCUCCAGGGCAGACAGAAUACGUCCGCUUCGAGGGCAUCUUGAAACUCGACUCGCUGUCCAAGUUCUUCGACUCGGUCUUGGACGGCACCGCCGACCUGACGAUCGCGAACAAGGAGGCAGCUGCGGAGGAGUACGUCGUCUCGGACGAGGAGCUCGAGAUCCAGCGCAAGCAGGAGGCGCAGCGCAUCGCGCUCGCGCACGGCGGCUUCUCGGACCUCAUCGACUUCGAGAAGGCGGUGCUGAACGGCGCCGGGGCGGACUUUCACUCCACGAACGGCUACGCGGGCGUGAUGGGCGGGCAGUACUUGAAGAAGAAGGACGGCGAGCCCGAGAGCAGCGAGGAGAAGGCGGCGAAGAAGCAGGAGGAGAAGGCGAGGCCCAAGACCCCAGAUGCGGGUGCGGCGAAGGCCACUGAGACAGCUGAGGCCGAUCCGAGUGUUGUGGCGGAUGCGCCGGAACCGGCUGCGGAGAGCGCAGCUGAACCUCAGGUGGUGGAAGAGAAGGCGACCGGCGAGCCCGCUGCUCCGGAGGCGGAGAGCACUCCUACGACAGAGUCUCAUGUCAAGGACGAACUGUGA